AUGGAAGAACACGAGCGCGGCAGCAGAGACGAGGCGGAGGAAUCCAACAGAGCCAUCCUACCUCUGCUGCAGGUGCAAGGCAACGUGCAGAACCCGCACCGGGUCACAAACUUCUUCAUCGACAACAUCCUGAGGCCCGAUUUCGGACGCAAAAAGGACCAAGGAGCGAACCACCAGCACCGCCGCGGGGAGAGCACUUUGUCGCCCCCGCCGCCGCCACCACCGCCGCCGGAGAGCCUCGGCAGCCCGGCGGCGCCUCAGACCGAGCCGGUGGGCAGCGCGGUGCCCGCGGAAGGCACCUCCACGCCGCACGCGGUCACCGGCGUUAAGAAGCCAGCCAUAGCCGCCGAGGAGCCCCUGAAAGCCCGCGGGGAGAGCGGAGACCAGUGCCUAAGCUCGGAUUCGGACAGUUCUCAAGCCAGCUCGAACGCAACCCCGGCCCAGCAGCCCAGCAUGCUGUGGCCCGCCUGGGUGUACUGCACCCGCUACUCGGACAGACCCUCUUCAGGUCCGAGAUCCCGCAAACCAAAGAAGAAGAGCACCAGCAAGGAAGACAAGCGACCGCGCACGGCCUUCACCGCCGAGCAGCUGCAAAGACUCAAAACAGAGUUCCAGACCAACCGCUACCUGACCGAGCAGCGGCGCCAGAACCUAGCGCAGGAGUUGGGCCUGAACGAGUCCCAGAUCAAGAUCUGGUUCCAAAACAAGCGUGCCAAGAUCAAGAAGGCCAACGGGAGCAAGAACACACUAGCGCUGCAUCUCAUGGCGCAAGGCCUGUACAACCACGCCACCAUCACCAAGGACGACAAAUCCGACAGCGACUGA